CCGGCUAGUGUUGAGACCGUCGCCGCCGGGACAGCAGCGGCGCGCGCACCGCUCUUCGGCACCGUUAGCCGCGCGGCGGCCCGACUAACACAGAAACACACUAACAGCCUGCGCGGCGCCGCCGUGAGACAGCCCGGCUGCCGAGCCGCGCCGGCGCCGUCCGGCCCAGCACUCGACGAGCCGCCCGCCCUGGGCGUGUGUGCGCGUGAGCGCGUGUGUGGGUGACCCCGCGGUGCGCGUGCGACCCCUGGGUCCAAGGGUGAUCCAGGCGCACGAUGGCCGAUAAGCGCGGAAGUUACGACCUGGGCAAGAGCGAGCAGAUGAUGAAAACAUGGACGACUCUAAAGAAGGUCUCUUUAUAUUUAACGUCAAGACAAAAGUUCGAACUAUAUUGAUACCGGGCUCCCAAUGGGAGAAGCUGAGCUCCUCCAAGCGAACGCUGUCGGACAGCCGAAAGUAUGUGCUCUGUCCACACGGUGCUAAGCAGGUUUAUCGAUACACUCGUCAGUCUUUGUACGAUAUCUACGACGUCAGAAAUAACCGGCGUAUCCCUCUGACGCUGGGGGCGGCGGCGCCGCAGCAGCGGCUCCAGUACGCCACAUGGGUACCGGGCCGCGACAGCAUCGUAUUCGUCUUCGACAACAACAUCUACAUACGGCCACUCAUCACCAGUCCGGACGUCGUCCAGAUCACCAGCAACGGCGCCAACAACAUUAUCUACAACGGCAUCCCCGACUGGGUGUACGAAGAGGAAGUAAUUGGCGACGACCACACGAUGUGGUUCAGCAAGGACGGCAAAAUGAUGGCCUAUGCGUCAUUCAACGACACCGAGGUGGACAUCAUGCCGAUACAGAUGUACGGGAGGGCGGGCAAGCUGGACUUCCAGUACCCCGUCACCAUUCCGCUGCGUUAUCCCAAGCCGGGCCGCAAGAACCCCACGGUAUCCGCCUACAUAGUGGACCUGGACCGCGCUAUUGCCAAGAAGCCGGCGGUCAAACUGGUGCCCCCUCCAACUGAGUUUGUCAGCAGGGAGCACUACCUGACGCGGGCGGCGUGGAUGGAUAACUCCUCCCUGACGCUGACGUGGAUGAAUCGCCACCAGAACCACACUAUCAUCUCGCUGUUCGACGCAGCUAGUUCGCAGAUGUCCAAGCUCCUGGAUCAGCCGAACCCAGACAAGGCGUGGAACGAGAUCGAGGAGGCGCCCAUCUGGUCGGACGACCGCUCGUCGUACAUCACCCUGCUGCCCAAGCUGGAGGGCUCGGCCGGACACUUCAAGCACAUCUUCAUGGUGUGGAGGAACGGGCUGGCGCGCGUGCCCAUUACCUCCGGCCUGCUCACCGUCACCGAGAUCCUGCACUGGGACCAGCCCAACAAGCUGAUAUACUUCAUGGCGGCGCCGGCGAACGAGGCCAGCCAGCGCCACCUGUACACCGUCACCGACAUCAAGGCGACGCGCUCCAACGUGAUGACGUGCGUCACGUGCAACACCACCUCGCAGGGCAGCCACCCUUGCACCAAGAACAGCGUCGACUUCAGCACGGGCGGCAGCCACUACGUGUGGACGUGCCAGGGUCCGAGCACGGUUCCACGCGUCACGCUCCACCGCACCGACACCGGCGCCCAGCUGAUGUUGAUCGCCGACAACAGGGCACUCACCAAGGAGAUGGCCGGCAAGGUGCUGCCCCAGGAGAUGCGUCUGACUCUGGACGUGGCGGACGGCUUCAAGGCGAGGGUGCGCAUGAAGCUGCCGCCCGGCCUCGUGGAAAAUUCUGCCAAGAAGUACCCGAUGCUAGUCUAUACGUACGGCGGGCCGAAGAGCCAGGUGAUCGGCGACAGCUGGGGCGUGGCCUGGGACGACCACCUGGUGACCGAGCGCGACAUCAUCUACGUCAACAUCGACGGCCGCGGCUCCGGCUACGGCGGCGACAAGCUGCUCCACUCCAUCUACUACCGCAUGGGCACCGUCGAGGUCGAGGACCAGAUCGCGGUGGCCCGGAAGCUGUUGGACCUGUACAAGUUCAUCGACGCCAACCGGACGGCGAUCUGGGGCUGGUCGUACGGCGGCUACGUCACGGCCCGCGUCAUGGCCACCGACACCGACCAGGUGUUCAAGUGCGGCAUGUCCGUGGCGCCCGUCACCAACUGGAUCUACUAUGACACCAUCUACACGGAGCGGUACAUGGGUCUGCCGACGCCGGAGGAUAACGCCCGAGGCUACGCCGCCGGCGACGUGUCCGGCAACGUGCAGAACUUCCGCAACAAGCAGUACCUGCUGAUCCACGGCACGGCCGACGACAACGUACACUACCAGCAGUCCAUGAUGCUGUCGCGCUCGCUGGAGCUGGCCGACAUCUUCUUCAUGCAGCAGACGUAUCCGGACGAGAACCACGCCCUGGGGGGCAUCCGGCGUCACCACUACCACACGAUGGAGCACUUCUUGGAGACCUGCUUCCAGCUGCCGCACAUGCCGUUCGGACGCCCGGCUGCGGCGACGGGCCGCAGGGCGGCGUGAGCCGCCCCCAUCUAGACCAUUCCGGGCGCCCGCGGUGCCCUCGGUGUGCGCGUGUGGAUGUCUCCCAGUGCUGUCCAGCGGUCUGACGAGGCCGGGCAAGACUGCCCGCACUGCGCUGACAGCGACCACGUGGCCAAAGUGAACGGUGUUGGUGUCCUGUGGCCGGCUGGGGCGGAGCCCGAGCGUAGUCUGUGACUUUGAACGUGCGGACGGACGCUGGACCAUUCCGCCGGUCCGCCGGACUCGACGGCGGACCGGCCGGCGGUCCGCGGUCCGAAGCCCGCGUCCCAGGGCCGCCGCCGGGUCCGAUCUGGCGGCCCGCCGCGGAUCUGGCAGCCCGACGGUGCCGUGUGGCGCGGGCUGAGCCGCCGCUGUCCGCCGCUGAGCGGGACUGGUGGCUGGCUCCCGGCUGACUUACCUAGCUGGUGAUGCCAAUUAGAGGAUCAAAUCGUGGCGGAAAUUCUGCAGGGACGGCGUGGAACACCCUUGAAGCGGCGGAAUUAUGGAUCUUGAUACCUUACUACGCUUUGACAGAUCUGAUGCACUGUUCCCAAUACACAUUUUACGGACCUUAUGUCAGUGAUGCAGUCAAAACGUUCUUGCCAAGACAUGACUGAGCAAAUGUAUUAUCGACCUGUUCGUGACCUAUAAACUGGUUUACGCAGGAGUACUUCUACCGUGUGGGCAGAAUUUAGGUGGGUGGAUCGGAGCUACGCAAAUGUUCUCUGUGAAGGUCGUCUCGCCUCGCUGCCCGGGGCUUGGGCCAAGCUAUUUUUUACGCUACAGCUGAAAGCCAUUACAGGCAGCGUGAAUCGUACAGCAACGUAGCCUCUAACCCGUUGGAAUCUCUCCUUCCUCUCGUCUGCCCAGAACAAAAACACGCUUCAUUGCGUGUUCGCCGCGAGGUCACUGGGCCUGUGCACCCGCUGUGGUUUACGGAAUGUACUGAUUCAUGAAAUUUUUCUGCAACGGGAUUUCGCGACAUUCGGAGGAUCGCAGUCGGCGACGACGAUGUCCUUCGGCAGACGCUUGUCCUCUUGCGGUGACGUUUAUGAAGUUGGCAUGCUUUGUCCGCGUGUAAGAAUGUCAUUUAUUUGUGGUUUGUGCGUGCCGGCUGACAGGGUUUCAAUCGGGAAUCCCAUUCCAAUCAGUGUUCGGUGUUUCGUAUGGUGUCCCUUACCGCGAAUGCCGCGUCACAAACAUUCCAUUCCGAGCGCACUGUACGGCCAGUGGUCGGCAUGUUGUGUCCGCUUCUCCGAGUGCCCCGCUGGGUGGGAGGCUGCGGCCGGAUGAGUGUCAGGGGCCGCGGCAGCAGGCCGGGAGGCCGGCCGACAACAUGCCAAGCAUGCUCUGCAGGACGAUCCGCCGCGGUGUUCCGUUACAAAUGGUCUGGGGUUCAGACGAAGGUGUCGUGGUAACUGCUGAGGCGCUGCGGCGAAGUGAUGGGAUGGUGCGCCGCGUGAGGCGCCAUGUCUGCAGCUCGUCACCAGACGUUAGCAUGACCUGCCCCAAGGGCUUGUUGCCAGUCCGUGGUUAUCAAGCGUCGCACGUGCACAGCCGGGUUAAAAUCAUGCCGUACCGCAAUUUGUUUGAAAGCUGUGGUUGAUUCACAUCCUGCGAUGAAAAGGCGCCGCUCCUCAGGCGAAGUACCGACCGAACUGUCAGACAGCUACCCAGCGACAAUGGAGACAACCGUUAACGCUGUAGCCAGCAACAUGCCAUUUUGAUACCACAGUCGCUUGCGUGCACGACGAUGAUAGGAUUGUUCUCAAUGUGUUUUUAUUGUGCAUUGUACGUAUAAAAUGUGUGAUCCUGGCUCUGAUAAUAUAUAUCUAUGGGAAUGAG